AUGUUCACCACAAAUCUCAUCCGACGUGCUGGGGCCUCCCCGAAAAUUGCUGUUCACCAUUGGCAAACGAGGUCAGCAACGACUGCGUCAAGUGCAUCCAGGUACAGGGUCCUGGUCGUGGGUGGAGGGAGCGGUGGUCUGUCUGCUGCCCAACAGAUUUACAAUCGCUUCAAGGCCGCUGGAAAGACGCUGGGGGUUGGAGAAAUUGCGAUUGUGGACGCAACAAAGGACCACUAUUACCAACCUGGAUGGACUCUCGUCGGUUCUGGUCUUGCUCCUAAAAGUGACUUCGAGCGACCCCUUGCCCCACUUGUCCCAAGCCACAUUUCCCUCAUCCCCGAAAACGUGAAGACUUUCUCUCCGAACACGUCCUCCGUCACCACGACCUCAGGGAGAGAUAUCUCCUAUGAUACUCUCGUCGUUGCUACUGGACUUCAGAUAAACUAUGACGCGAUUAAAGGCCUUCCUGAAGCGCUCGCUGACCCCGGCUCCGGGGUGUCUACGAUAUAUUCAUAUCAAACAUGCGACAGGGUUUGGAGCCACAUUGAAAAUCUCAAGUCCGGCAGCGCCGUUUUCACGCAGCCUUUUGGAGUCAUUAAGUGCGCUGGUGCGCCGCAAAAAAUCAUGUGGAUGGCUUGGGACAGAUUUCGACGAACGGGCCGGGGCGACAUCAAGGUCGAUUUCUACACCGGUAUGCCAACCAUGUUCAGCGUGAAGAAAUACUCGGAUGCUCUGGACGCACUCCGACGCGAACGGGGUGUCGGGGGACAUUUCAGCCACGAUCUCGUUUCAAUUGAUAUCGCGAAUCGGAAAGCCACCUUCAAGAGAGGUGAUAGUUCCACCAUCGAUGUCGACUAUUCUCUACUUCAUGUGACGCCGCGCAUGGGGCCUCUCGAUGCCCUUAAGGGAUCACCAAUUGUUGACGCCGCAGGUUGGGUGGCUGUCAACAGUAGUACUCUUCAACACGUUAAACCCGAGUUCAGUAACAUCUUUGCCUUGGGGGAUUGCUCCUCCCUCCCGACAUCAAAGACGGCGGCUGCUAUCAUCGCCCAAGCACCUGUACUUACGGAGAACUUGUUCUCGUUAAUUGACACGGGCAGCGUUGCCGUUGGUGAAUACGAUAGGUAUACCAGCUGUCCUCUACUCACCGGGUAUGGCGAAUUGAUGUUGGCUGAAUUCAAGUAUGGGCUUGAACCCAAAGAAUCAUUUUCGGGUAUAUUCGAUCAAAGCAAAAGCAAUAGGCUUUUCUAUCACUUCAAAAAGGACCUCUUCCCACAUGCCUACUGGAACUACAUGGUGGAAGGGAAGUGGUUUGGAUCUAGGGGAGUGUUGAGGCCCAGUUUCCCUUAG